CCCAACAACAAAUGCUGGCCGAUGAAUUGGCCAAGGCAGUGGAAUUAAUAAUGCAUCCCCACACGGCCCAACAGGCCCGUAUGGAGGCUUAUAUGGCAUGUGAACGCUUCAAAGAAGAAAGCCCUUUGUGUGCCCAAGUCGGUCUCUUCCUGGCCAGCGGCCAAUAUUCACAAAAUGUCAAACAUUUCGGUUUGCAGCUAAUGGAGUACACAAUCAAAUUCAAAUGGAAUUGCAUUUCCCAGGAAGAGAAAAUCUUCAUUAAAGAGCAUGCCAUGAAAUUGCUGUUGCUGGGCGUCGGUCCGGCUGAGGAUCGUUCACUGUCCCACCUCAAAGAUGCCUUGUCACGUAUUAUUGUGGAAAUGAUCAAAAGGGAGUGGCCACAACAGUGGACCACCCUGCUGGCGGAGUUAAGUGAUGCCUGCACCAAGGGAGAGGCUCAAACCGAGUUGGUCCUUUUGAUAUUUCUCCGCUUAGUGGAAGAUGUGGCGCUGUUGCAAACCAUCGAAUCCAAUCAGCGGCGUAAGGAUAUGUACCAGGCCCUGACCAACAAUAUGAAUGACAUAUUUGAAUUUUUCCUACGCCUGGUGGAGUUGCAUGUCACCUCGUUUCGUGAAGCUACGGGUCAGGGUAACUAUCAGAAGGCCAAUGCCCACAGCCGUGUGGUGGAAAUGGUAUUGCUCACGUUGACCGGAUUUGUGGAAUGGGUAUCGAUUAACCACAUUACCUGCAACAAUGGCAAACUGUUGCAGAUCCUUUGCAUUUUACUCAAUGACAAAGCAUUCCAAUGCAAUGCUGCCGAGUGUCUGUCACAGAUCACAAAUCGCAAGGGACAGGUUAAGGAGCGCAAACCGCUGUUGAUGCUGUUCGGUGAGGAGCCAAUGCGUUACAUGUAUUCCGCGUCACAGAUGACACCGAGCGAUGAGAGUGUGGCCAGCUUGGAACAGAAUCACACGUUCCUAAAGAAAUUGGUCCAGCUACUGAGUGGCAUGGCUCAACAAUUGAUUGCCCUGUGGGGCAAGGAAGACGGGGCCAUACAACGUCCUGCUCAUUUGGAAAUAUUUUUGGAAUGCCUGUUGAGUUUGACACGUCAAGCUUCGUUAAAUGUUUCACAUGGUUCGGCCUUAAUAUGGAAUGUCCUGUUGAAACAUGAUGCAAUUUCCAAGGAUGCAGCGGUAUUAGUUUAUAUCCCCAAGAUAAUUGAGGUGGUGGGGCCGCGCAUUAUCAAAACCCCCUAUCCCUCGGCCCGGAGUUUGACGGGUGGUGCUAAUGCCGGGACGGCCUCCUACAUAUGUUUGGAAUAUGAUUCCGAGGAGGAGUUUGCCGUUUUCUUCUACCGCUGUCGCACCGACUAUUUGGAGAUAUUCCGCCAGGCCACCUUGGUCCAGCCUUUGGUUACAUUUGCCUAUUGUGAGCAGUGGCUGAAUAUGCGUUUGGCCAAGGCGCACAGUGAACGGGGCAAUAAUGUCCAGUGCAGUGUCCUGGAUCCCAACUACUUGGAAUGGGAAGCCUUGGUAUCGGUGCUUGAUGGGGUGCUUAGUCGUAUCCUAAUGGUGGCUGAAAGACCUUCGGUGCAAGCGGGGCUACGUCUACUGGAGGAGUGCCUCAAGGUGGACACGGACAACCCGUUGACCCUGUCAAUAUUGCUCUCCUGCAUUUCCACGUUGUUUGUGUUCCUCAGCAUGUCAUCGUGUCAAAUAACGCCCAAUAAUUGUGUGGCCAUGACAGGCGUAUCCCUACUGCCAAGGGUAUUGGAGAAAAUCUUUAAUGCUUUGGUGUUCCGUGACCCCUUAGAUCAAACCCCGGCCAAUGUACAGCAUCAGCAGCCGCUAACACCCCGAGUGCAGGCCUGUAAAAAUCUGCGCCGCCAUGCCGCCUCGCUAAUUGUAAAAUUGGGCCACAAAUAUCCAUUGCUCCUGCUGCCGGUUUUCGAGCAAAUCAAUACGCACAUAAAGACCCUAUUCCAACAGCCUCAACAUCCCAUAAGUAAAAUGGAUCGUAUUACCCUGCAAGAGGCCCUACUGCUGAUCUCCAAUCAUUUUUGUGACUAUGAAAGGCAGUAUGCCUUUAUUGGUGAGGUUAUGCGUGACAGUUUGCCACAUUGGUCGGCCUUCUCGCAUGCCUUUAAAUCGGCAUUAGAUUUCAUGCAUUUUGUGGGUUUGGAUCAGCCACCGGUAUAUCCCAUUGAAAGUGACCCAUGUGGACCACAUCGCAGUUCGCUCAUUGAUGCUUUGUAUAUUGUAUUGGGUGUGAUCAAGCGGUGCACCUGGCCCGAUGAUCCCGAUAGGGCAUCACGUGGUGGUUUUGUGGUGGGUUUUACAGAGUUGGGUAAUCCCAUCUGCCGCAAUCCUGCCUCACCCCAUGUCAUACCCUUGCUGCCGCACAUUUUGUCCCUCCUAAGGGUCUUAAAUGAACUCUUCAAGGCCGAGGCUGUGGCUGGCCUCUCAGAGGGUUAUCGCAACAUACACACCAUGCUGGAACAUGAAAAGAAGGUGCUGAUGGGUGUGUGUGCCAUACCAGCCGACCCAUUGGAUCCCUCGGUCAAGAAACCCCCCACACCCUUUGAUAAAAUGCAACAAUUUAUGACGUUGCUGUAUGAAGGCUGCUACCAUAUGAUGGGCUCGGCGGGACCCUCGCUGGGCAGAGACCUCUAUCAGCUGCAGGGUGUUUCCGAUGCUCUCAUCAACAGUGCAUUCGCCUGCCUAGACGAUUUACCCGAUUAUCGUCUACGUCCAAUUAUCCGGGUAUUUUUCAAACCAUUUGUCUACUCCUGUCCCCCGGCCUUUUACGACAACGUCCUAUUGCCGAUUUUUGCCCACAUCUCGCCGAUUAUGUGUCAACGUUUGACGGCACGAUGGGCCUACAUUACAUCCCUCUACGAAUCGGGCCAACUGAACGAUGAGGAACAAUCCAAUGACACCCAAGAGGUAUUGGAAGAUAUGCUCAACCGGUCGCUGACCCGAGAAUAUUUGGAUGUGCUGAAAGUGGCUUUGGUGGGCGGACAGAUUGGACCCGAAACCACGGUCAACAAUGCCGCCUCAACUGCCACAAAUAUUGCUUCCGAUGUCACAAUGGAUGCCGAAGAACAUUCCAUGGAUGGUGUGGCCCACACAAGGGCUGCCCAGGCCGCCUUACUUUCCGACAUAAUCAGUGAUUUGGGGGCGAAACUUUUACGCAAUCCCUCCACCACCAACUACAUACUAAUGACCCUGCUCAGUGCUCUCUCCUGGAAUGAUGGUACAUGCAAUCUGAAGGCGGUGAAUGUGGCCGCGCCGGUUAUGCGUUUUCUGGCCGGGGAACAGCUAAUGGAUGCCAAUAAGGCGGUGACAGCAUUUACGGCUGUCUUACGUGGUCUACAGAUACACGGGCAACAUGAAGCCAAUCAGGCUGGACUCAUAACCCUGGGUGUACAAUUUUAUGAACUGCUGCGACCCAAGUUCCCUGCCCUCACCGAGGUACUACAAAGUAUACCGAAUGUGUCGACAGGUGACAUACAAAAAUUCGAUGAAAAAAUUGCCGUGGCCCCCGUCAAGGGCAACAAAGUGGAUAAGGCCAAAAAGGAUUUGUUUAAAAAGUUGACAGCACCCCUGGUGGGGCGUAGCAUGAAUCAAUUGUUCCGUCAUGAAAUCAAAAUUGCCAAUUUGCCACCAAUGCCCUCACAGAAACUUAAAAAUCCCACAGCCGAUAUUAUCGAUACAAAUCAAAAUGCCGGAUUGCCGAGUUUAUUUCAGACCAGCGGGGGAAAUAAGUGA